AGCCGUGUGUCGUGGUGUACGUACUGACCUGUUGUGUUGAUGCGUGCGAUUUUGCUAUUUAAUUUUUUUUUAAAAUUUCAUUUGUAGCACAGUUUUGUCUCUACAAGUUUAUUUUUUGGGUUGAAACUAUAGUUUUUUUCCAAUGUGGUACUGUGUACGACAGCCUAAGAACUGGAAUUUGUGAAAUGAAUGCAUGGCUGAGGAGAAUCGAAUCAUGUCUAUGCCACAGACUUUGGGGGGCCACAGGAGGCCCUUUUCAGCCCUUCUCGCAGCCCACAUUGUGAAGAAACCCAGGUAUGAGAGUGAAGCGGUGUUGCACGAGGCGGCUGUCAAGCUGAUCAGCCGACAUCAGAACCUGUCAGACCUGCUGCUGGAGGCGAGUCGCACACCCAGUGGCCCCACUGAGAAUGUGGGGCUGGCACAGCAAGAUGUAUGCCUGGGGAGUCUUACCCCUCCUGAGACAGGGACCUGGGCCACUCCUCUUUCUGGCCCUGGAGGCUCACUCAUAGUGCAUGCACUGCAGAGGCAGGCUGUUGAGCUGGGGGUCCCAGUGGGGGAGGUGUCAGCAAAGUUGGUGGCAGAGAAGCUUAGAGGACUGAUGGGAUGCUCUGAGGCUCAUGGCCGGAGGCUUCCGUUGAACUCCACGCAGAGAGCUGAGCUCUCUGUUCUGGUCCAGUCAGCUCAAGAACUGCUCUCACACAGAGCCUUUAGCCCUUCAGCCUUUUGCCGUGAACUCUGGAAAGCUCUGGAGAAUCCUCUGCUGGAGGUGGUCUGGCAUUUCCACUUGGGAAGAAUUCUUACUGUGGAGUACAUUUUGGAAAGUGAGGAGGGGGCUGAGUCAUGGUUAGUGACAGAGCUGAGAUCUCUUUGUGGAGGAACCACAGAAGAGCAGGGACAAAAGGAGGAUAAAGAGGUGCAAAAGCAGAUCCUCACAGGUGUGGUAUCAGUUCUGGUGCGGGCAGCAUUCCAGAAGCCCCAGGACCCAGGAUCUGCUCAGAGGAACAUCUCUCAGCAGUGCUGCUUUGUUCUCGAUGACAUGCUCUCCUGUGUGUUGGACAGUUUGCACAAGACACAAGACCAGCAGGCCGGAACCGUAAUUGCUGAGUGCUGGGUUCAGGUGUUGGACUCGAUGUCCUGUGAUGUAACCAUGUCAGAUGAUGUGCUGGGUUGCUUCUUCACUCAUUCUCUCACAUACAUUCUUACCUACAGACCUCAGUUCAAAGUGUCACAUGCCAUUGCGAUGCAGAGUGAAUGGUGCUUUGCUAAAACCAGCCGAUUGCUGACAGCUUUAUAUCGGAAGCUCUCCAUUCUCCUCAGCAUGGAGAAACUGUUGUCUCACCUGCAGCAGGUGCUGGAGACUGAUGAGGUCAACUGGCAGCAUGUGCUCUCCUUCCUCUCCACCCUGCUGGUGUACUACCCACAGGCCCAGCGCUCACUCAUAGAGCUGCUUUCUCGCCUUCUGAGCUCCGCUUUUGAGGGCUAUGACCUGGAAAAUAUGAUCACUUCAUUCCUGCUGGCUCGUCAGGGGGCGCUUGAGGGCCCAGCUGUCUUUCCCUCGUAUAGCGAGUGGUUCAAGAUGUCCUUUGGAAGUGCCAGUGGUUACCAUGGUAAUAGCAAAAAGUCCAUAGUGUUUCUACUGAAGUUCUUGUCUGACCUGGUGCCCUUUGAUCCACCACAGUACUUGAAGGUUCACAUACUCUACCCGCCUUAUGUACCUGUGAAGCACCGCACCCUCCUCCAGGAAUAUGUGUCUCUUGCUAAGACCAGACUUGCUGAUCUAAAGGUUUCAGUGGAUGGGAUGGGGCUCUAUGAGGACCUAUCAGGAGCAGCAGCUCCAGUACAGUGUCAGGCGAAACAAGACGUGGACAAAGCUGUCAGUCUGUUUGAGAGCACGGGGAAGAUUUCCACCGCAGUAAUGGAGGCCAGCAUUUUCAGGAGACCGUACUUCCUGUCCCGGUUCCUCCCCGUCCUCCUAACCCCACGGGCACUUCCUGCCAAGCCUGACAUCCGCAUGGCUUUCAUCGAGUCCCUCAGGAAAGCAGAGAAGAUCCCGUCUGCUUUGUACUCUAACUAUAUCCAGGCGUGUCAGAGGGAAAGAGAAAGGCACAGGCCAGAGGAGAGAGGAGUUGUGGAGGUGUCAGCGGACCGGCAGCCCUUGGAGAGACUCCAGGAUGAGCUUCAGGAUCUCAGGCACCUGUUGUUGACCCCUGGUGCUGAAGAAGUGUCAGCACAGCUGGCUCGGAUAUCUGAGGCUUUGACUGUUCUGGUUCCCGAGGGGGUUGAUGAACCACUGCGCCAGACUAUCAUGGAGUUCCAUGUGGACCCACCCACCACCUCAGACCUGGAGAACAAGGUCAUCAACUCUGUGCUCGUAGGCUUCUGUCAGAUUUUUAUGGAUGCCUCAAAAAUCAAUCCACCAAACAGCAGACAAGGCCCAUGGGCCUCCCAUUUUGUGGCCAUGCUGCUGGGACACAAAAAACUGCUCAUGUCUCUACUGCACCGGCUGAAAGAUCUUCUUUGUAACCAGGGGGCGUCAUUGAGUGCUGCACACAUCCUGGGCCUUGCAGUGUUUUUUGUACACCUGCAUCAGUGCAGAGCCAUAUGUCCCCUGGUCCUCAGUGACUCCACACCCUGCUCUGAGGCUCUGGCUGCGGCCCUACCUUGCAGCACCGGUGCAGAUAUGAGCUUCUGCCUCAGGUUCUGCGUGGCUGCAGUGUGCUACGCACUAUGCCGAAGUGAUUCAUCACCAGACCGUGUGCAUGAUUACGUUCCCAGCAGCUUGUGCAAGAAGCUGCUCUACCUAGUCUCCAGGCUACUGCCUGGGACAAGGACAGUACUGGAAGGUGGAGGAGUACAGUCAGCAGAUGAGGGGACACAGGAGGAGAAAGAGGCUGGACGUGGCAUGUGGCGCAACAUCACGGAUCCUUUGGCUUCUUGGAAGAGCUCUGUUGUGGCACUAUGGCGACAGCCUUGCUUCCUUGCCUUACAAACAUUACCAGACUACCAGCUCUCGUUUGCAGAGUGGGUAAAGGCUGAGCUCAGGGUGCAGAGGAGCACAGAUAUCCUGUCUGAUCCAGAGAGACAGGAGUAUCAGCAGUGGGUGUGUCAGCAGCAGUACUUAUCAGUGCCAUUAAACCAAGGGGGCUGCGCUGGGGACAUUCGGCAGGCCUGCAGCCACAUCUUCCAUGCUAUCAUGGAGUUCUAUACCUGUACUCAGACGGUGCAGACGACCCGGUGCGGACCACCCGAAGCAGACAGCUGUCUCCCGGACAUUGUGUCUAGACUGCAGGAGCUGGUGUACGAGUUGGAGAUGAACCGUGCCUUCAGGAGAGAUGAGGAAGAUCAGAGGAGUUUCAUCUUGGAUGUGAUUUCUGAGAAGUGUUCUGUGACCUCAGAGUCCCUGGCUGUCAGCAGUGAGCUGGAGCUGCAGCAAACAAUGCACAUCUGGAGCAGGGUGGUAGUGGCAUUGCCCCCAACAGUGCUGCUGUCAGUCAGGUCUCUGGGGGACAAGAGGAGGCUGGACUUAAGGGCGUUUGCAGAGCACAUUAACCAGAGACAUAGAAAUGUUUGUGUUCCUGCCGGCCGGUUGCCCUACGAUAUCACAGCACACUUUCUCAAGGGUGUGUUGACUGUGAGUCUGCGCUGUGAUCACCCAAGUCAGGCUGUGAACAAGCUUCUCUCCCGAAUGCACCAGCAGUGUCCUCUGCUUCUGGUCUCCGUAGGGGUUUGGUGGUCUCGGCUGUGUCCCGUGUUGCUGUCUCUGUGGACUCGUCUGAGUGGCGGACCGCUGCCAGAAAGCCUGCAACGUGUAGCUGACUGCUGUGCCUGGGCCUGCAGUGCAGUGAAAGGGGAGGUGGUUCCACCCCCUGCGGUCCCAGCACUGCUCCUGGCUGCUUGUCUGCACCAUGCAGGGAAGGGACAAAGGAAACAGUGUAGUACCAGGAGAACCUUGGAGCAACUGGGGCAGCUGCAGGAGCAGCAUGGGCUGUUCCCAGUGUUCCUGCUCUUUUUCUGGGUUACAGACCUUCUGUCAACAUUCCUCCAGCUCCAGAAAGAAGAUGCAGAGCCAGCUAGGGAACACUGUAUGGAGAUCCUGGGAUACCUGUGUGACACUGCAGAUUGGCUGCUGCUGUUUCACCCACCUGGUCCAGAGCAGGGAUGGUACAACACUUUGGCUGAGGUUACAACAGACGGGACCACCAGACUGAUGCCCCUGGCUUUCUACAGCCUCGUACCCAAACUGGACACACAGGUUUUGGGGAAGAUGUUGAAAGUUCCGGGAUUCCUCCUCACAGCUCUACAUUCCUACUCUGCCCUAACCAGACUUUUCCUGGAUGGCCAGACCCCUUUACCUGAUUCCUCCUCUGAACAGGCUGACCCCCUGCAGAUUCUGAGUCAAGCAAAGCAAUUUCUCCUCAGGACAAUCUCGCUGAGUCCACAGACUCAUUUUUCUGAGAACAGCAGCCAGUUGAAAGAUGCCUGUGGGGAUCUAGACCCAGAGGUGAGCUCUGCUGUGUCUUCACGUCUGAGCCAGCAUGAUUUCUCUGAAGAGCCAGACUUCCUGUGAGGAAACCCAAACUGUAUAAUCCUCUUCCUUUACCUCAAUUCCCCAUUGUCCUGUGAGGUGUGUGAGUAUACACAAAGUUGCUUCCUUAAGGACAAAACCAGUGUGAAAAAUAUUAAAAUUGUAA